UCACUUUAGGGAUUUGUUUCACUAUAUAUUGUGUAUAACCCUUGCUUUCAAAAAGACAAUCGCACGAAACCAUCACAAUUUCACAAGUUUAAGGGAUUUCGUAGUUUUGAAAGUCAUAUUAGCAAGGGAUAAUAUAUAUGGAUGGUGACAAUAAUAAUCAUGGAGCUCCUCAUCCUGUUUCUAUAGAACAGAAGAAGAUGUGCUUAGAUUUCAUGAGGAAAGCAUAUGCGAUGGUAGAUGAUCCUUCGACGGAUUUGAUAAUCUCGUGGGGAUUUAACCGUGAUAGUUUCAUAGUCUGGCAUCCUCCUGAAUGCUACAGAGACCUUCUUCCUCGUCUCUUGGGUGUCCCAGACUUCUACAGAUUUCGACUAUAUGGGUUUAAAAAGGUUGUCUCGUCGGUACAUUUGGAAUAUGCAAGGGAUGAUUUUGUUAAAGGGCGACCUGAGCUUUUGGAAAAGAUUGGCCAAAGCUUCCUUGAAGAACGUGAGAAGAAGAUGAAGCCACUUAGAGAUGCGAUGAGAAAUUGCAAGAACAUGGAUGAGGAACGUUUAGUCACCAAGGAGUGGAUGGCGACACUGGAAAGGGAGAGAAGAGUCCAAGUCGAUAAAGAUUUUUUAAAGGAUGCUGAUCUUCUUUUGCUACGCAUCUCUAAGUAUAAGGAGAGAAGGGCCAAAUCUUUUACCAGAUUUGGUGGAUAUUAUUAUUAUUAAACAAAAUCUUUUUGUUUUAUUUCCCUCUACCAAA